GGGCAGCACAAUCUGUUAUCCUAAUUUACAACGGAAGUACCCGAACCUUUCUACCUGUGUGUACCGCCGACUGGUGAUUUCUACAAUGACAUAUCGGCAUUGUCAAACUGGAGGAAACCUGUGAUAAUUACAACGUAAUCAUGUAUCAAUCCACAUAGUGUUUACAAGCGGGAAACUGUGCAGCGCUGAGAUAAUAUUAAGCAGACGUCUGACCCAUUUCUGUGUAUUAUGCAGACAGCAAUGAAACCGGACAUAUCCGUUUACGAUUUCGUCUAUAGUCAAACACAAGAUUCCACACAAAAUGUCGGAAUGAAUACCGACAUCUACCCGGGAUUUAUAUUGGAUAUUUUUACACAAAAAAUUGAUGUUGAUACUCAGAUUAUUUCUUUGUGAAUCUGGGCGUUGUUGAGUGGAUCAUUUGAUGAAUCGGUAUUUCGUAGUUUGACAGGUAUGUGAACGAUACUAAGUGAUCUCCUUCCCGUGUCACGUUGACACCUGAUCAUCUGUUUUGGGAUCCUGAGCAGCCCCUUAGGACAUGGGAGGUUCAGUCUCCGUACAGCUCGUGAUGCUGGGGCUGGACUUGUCGGGCAAAACGACGUUAUUGUACAGACUUAAAUUUGACCAAUACAUGAAUGUUAAUUCUACCAUAGGAUUUAACUGUGAGAAAAUUAAAGGUAAGACAGGAAAAACAAAAGGAAUCAAUUUCACAAUUUGGGAUGUAGGUGGUCAAGACAAGACCCGCCCUUUAUGGAGAUCCUAUAUGCGGUCAUCCGAGGGCAUCAUAUUUGUUGUUGACAGUGUGGACAAAGAAAGACUUGAAGAGGCCAAGUUGGAGUUAAUUAAACUGUUAAAAAGUUCAGAAAAUCCAGGUUUACCUGUGUUAGUCAUUGCCAAUAAACAGGACUUACCUGGGUCACUGGACUUGGCAGAGGUGGAAAAACACCUUGGUCUACAUGAACUGCCUCCGAGUCAGGUAUGGGCCUCGCAUCCUGCAUGUGCAAUCACAGGAGAGGGACUUAAUGAGUGCAUGGACUCCAUGUAUGAACUUAUUGAAAAACGGAAAAAGACAAAAAAGAAAAAGUGAAUUGACAUUGUUGCAUAUUUAACUAUAUCUGUUAUUACUCUGAGAUUGCCAGUAAUAUGUGCUAAUUUCUCCUACAAGCGAUUGUCAUAUCAAAGACCUCUAGAUGGUCUGUGGUAGUUUACUAGUCGAAAAAUGUCUAACUUUGGUCUACAUUUUACACAAUAGUGAGACAUUUUUAGACUAACAUUGUGAAUAAGUACACCAUUUAAAAUGGCAUGCUGAUUUUUUUAUUGUUUUAAACCCAAAGUCCCUACAUUUUAUUUUUAGAUUUUAACAAUAUUUAACUAUGCUGAAGUUGUAUGUGCUGUGUGUGAAGUGUCUGUGAUCUGGGGUCGGGAUCAGUAUCAUAAUCAUUCCUCAAAAGGAGAGGAAAUAUUUCUAACAUGACCUCUAUAUCUCUAACAAGAUUUACACAUUUACUGGUGUAUUUCAAAGAAAAAACAUAAUGCCAUUCAAAUUUGUGACGGUGAAAUUGCUGAUAUUUUUUAUUAAUUUGAUGAUUGUUCAACACAUCAGAAUUUUUUCCACCAGGUAUCAUUUUCCUGUUUUAUAAAAGAGUAGUAUCACAAAGUGACUCUUGGUAUAUAAUAACAUUUUAAGUUGCAUUUUCAAAGAAAGACUUGCUGUAUAUUGGAACAGCAUACAAACAACAAAUUAUAUUUGACAUUUAAUAAAUCUGAAUCUAUGGACUUGUCCAAGUCUAAAAAAAAAAACAAAGAGCCUUAUAUGCUUCUGAAUCCAUGUCCUGUCUGACUCAAGCUGCAAUACUAGAUAACAUACCAGUGUUUUAGUGCUGUGUAAAGCAGAACUACUAGAGGGAAGUAAACGUGCCAGGAAAACAGCACUUAAAAACAUCAUAUCUGCUUAUAUUUGAUUACAUUAACUGUUUAAUGGUAUGCCUGCUUGAAAUUAAUAUUAUGUUGGUUGUUUGACACACUUAGAUCUGUAUUUAAGUAUGUAGUUGUUUUGAAAGUUGUAUUGGUAAUAACCUACUCAAAUGUCAUUGAGUAAAUAUUAUGAUUUAUUUUGAUUAAGUGUAUUCUGAAAAUUCAUACAAUUACCCUGAAAAACUCAAAAGGAAAAUGUUCCUUAUCGCAUACAGGCAGUGAUGUUGUUAUUGCAGAGUAUUUAGGGUCCCAGCAAGAUUUCUUGACUCCUUGUCCCCCUUGAACUUUUACUACUGAAAAAACAGUAUUAAUUAUUGCUAAGUUAUGUGGGUCUAUUUUGACUUCAACUUUUAUCAAUUACUUUCAAAAUAUUACACAUAAAUAGUAGUCUGUCACCAUCACUGAGAUUAACUUCAAUCUUUAGGUAUAUGAACAAUAUUGUGGUUACAACUGAAAGUUUUACAAUUAGAUUUUAAUCAUAUAUGUGUACCUACAUACAGAAAUAGUGAUUUUGAGUGAAAUGAUUUUAAAUAUAUAUACCGUUUGUUUUCCUUGAAUAAUAUUUUAACAAGAUUGCUUAUUAAGAUUAAUUAAUAUAUUCAUCAAUCUACACCAACUGUGAGACUACAUGACAUUUUCAUUAAUUUUAACGAAAUGAUUCUGUAUGAGUGAUUUAAGUAUGUCACAAAUAUUUUUACUGUUGGUCAUUAAAGACAAAAUUCUCAUUUUCAUUUUACAAAUCAGUGAUGACACAAGUUUGACAAUUAGAGUUGGGAAUUUUAACAUAAUAAUGCUCAUCAAUACUGAUUCCUUGUGUGGAUUAAAAGUGCAUUCUGAGAGAGAGGUCAGUUAAGGAAGUGAUGAAGAAAGUAUGAAUGUGACUGUGUCAGAGUGCUUCUUUAUACAUUACAAUUGUUUAUUUCAGAUAUUGUAUGAUAUUGUCUUCCGAUUAGGAAUUCCUCCAGGUUUGAAGCCGAUAAAAUAUAGAUCUGCAAUACCUCAUGUAAAAAGAUCUUGUUUUGUCUAGAUUGAAAAUGUUCUAAUUGUGAUCAUAAUGCUUGGCUGCAUAUAUAUACUCAACCCUUUGUAGUUGAAAAGUUGUAGUGAUGACUUCACUAGCAAGUAAUUCUGUGUAGCUAACCUCAUACAAAUAUAUUGUUACUAUUUAAUCAUGUUACAAUAUUAAUUGAAAGUAAAAUAAUAUAAUCUACA